UUUUUGGGGGUGGGGCGCGGCGGUGGCGGUGAGGUGUGCGGCGUUGAGGGCGUUGUUGAAUUUUGGAGUCGCUGUCGCAAGCAUGAAGCUUCUCGACAUUCACAUGCUCUCGUUAACAAACUCCUUUCCCUCAUACACCGCCGGCAAACCUCCCAGGCCCUCUGUCAUGGCUCUCAUUCUCAUGACGGAGCUACGCUACGAGUCGUUCACGCCGAAUCCGAUCCGUCAUGCACCGAUGCCUCAGUAUCCCUUCCAGUCUUCUCCUGAAGCAAGAGGAUUCUUCUAUUCAGAAUCCGUUCAGCUGAUCGUCCACUCCGCCUGGUUUACCCUACUUCAGGGUCUGCCACAGCAUCUACCCAUGAAGGCCUUGGGCAUUCUCUUAACUAUCUGGGUGAUAUGGACUACGCUUCAACUCACGUUGCGAUACAAGUCCAGCCCACCGCUCUUUGGUCCAAUAUACCUAGCUGACAGCCUUGCAUCUUUCUGGACGGAGACGUGGCAUAAUGCCUUUGCUGCCCCAUGUCUCAGCCUCGCAUAUACACCGACACUCUAUAUCCUCUCAUCCCUGCACUUCCCUCGCAGCCUCGCUCGUUCCGUCGCCGUCGUCUCUUCCUUCGGUCUUAUGGCGACUUUUCACAUGUAUGCGCUGUCACCACUCCUGAACGAGGAGGGGAAGAAGAGAAUCGGUAUAUUCUUCGUAGCCAAUGGCGUACUCACGGUCGCGGAAGUGGGCCUUUGGGGCAAGAAGAGACAUUGGAUGCGUGCGGUGUGCGCUUGGGGUGUUGAGUUGGCGCUGGCGAGUUGGACGGUCGCCGCUGUGGAAGUUGCGGAUGGAGUGUUGAACGCUGAUUGGAGGGGUUUGUGUAGGCUGAAGAUGAGCUAAUGGUGGCCUCCAUACUAAGGAGAUGGUCGUCAUCAUCGGCCGGGGAAGCUAAAGACAUUCUCACUCCUGACCGGGCCUCACACCAUGGCAUUUGCCUUAGGAUCCUGACGCAAUCCUGCAAUUCCUCUCUCCAGAGCUCUCCCACGGCAAGGCCAUCAGCUCGUUUUGGCGGUCUGUUAGACAUGAUUCCUCUCAUCGAUUGUUUUAGAGAAGUCCGCCUCCAUAGAUCUCCCGUCAAUCGGAUUUUAGCCCGGCGCCAUGGAGCGAUGUG